AUGAAAUUCUUUGCCGUUCUUGCCUUCGUAGCUGGCACCUUGACUGCUCCCACAGACCGGCUCGUUGUGCAUGAGCGACGGGAUGCACUGCCCAGUGCGUGGAGGGAGACGAGCCGUGUGCAUGAGAAGACGAUGCUCCCAGUUCGUAUCGGUCUGACGCAGCAGAACCUGGAUAUCAGCCACGAUCUGCUCAUGGAAGUAUCGAACUACUCCUCGCCCCGGUAUGGACAGUACUAUUCCGCGCAGGAGGUGUAUGAUAUCUUCGCACCGUCUGAGGAAAGCAUCUCCGCCGUGCGUGGCUGGUUAGAGUCCGCAGGAAUCGACGCCCACCGUAUCUCCCUCUCGACAAAUAAGCAGUGGUUACAGUUUGACGCUGAGGCGGGGGUGCUCGAGAACGUCCUGGAUGCUGAAUACUAUCUCUACUCACACUCGGACACGGGGAUGUCCCACGUUGCUUGCCGGGAGUACUCGCUGCCGGAGUCUGUUCGCGCGCACGUCGACUAUAUCACGCCGGGUGUCAAGCUGUUGAAGGUCAGCGGUGCAGCCAAGGCGACGAAAAGAGGUAGUUUCGAUCUCAAGACAGAUCCCUCAAAAGCGAAGUCGUUGAAUGUGUCUUUGGAUUCGUUGGCUUCGUGCGAUACAUCAGUUACUCCAGCCUGUAUCAGAGCCAUGUAUAACAUCUCGGAAGGAACCAAGGCGACACCUAACAACGAACUGGGCAUCUUCGAGUGUCUGGGAGAUAUCUACAGCCAGGAGGAUCUGGACCUCUUCUUCAGCACUUUGGCUCCGAACAUCCCCAACGGCACACAUCCGAUUCCAAACCUGAUCGACGGCGCCGUGGACACCGUUCCGGUCAGCGAAGCCGGGGGCGAGUCGAGCAUCGAUUUCCAGGUCUCGUACCCGAUCAUCUGGCCGCAGAACAGCGUGCUCUACCAGACCGACGACCCGGUGUACGAGGCGAACUACACGUUCCGCGGCUUCCUGAACAACUUCCUCGACGCGAUUGACGGCUCGUACUGCACCUUCUCGGCGUACAACGAGACGGGCAACUCGCCGCUGCUGGACCCGCCGUACCCAGACCCAGCGCCGGGAGGGUACAAGGGCACCCUGCAGUGCGGCGUCUACCAGCCGACAAACGUCAUCUCCAUCUCGUACACCGAGGUCGAAGCCGACCUGCCCAUCUCGUACCAGCGCCGGCAGUGCCUCGAGUGGCUCAAGCUCGGAUUACAGGGAGUCACCGUGGUGAUCGCGUCGGGCGACGCCGGCGUCCAGGGUGUUCCGGGAGACCCGACCCCCAGCGGCUGUCUGGGCGUCAACCACACGAUCUUUGUCCCCUAUUUCCCUGUGAACUGCCCGUACACAACCGUCGUGGGAGCCACGUAUCUGCCCGCGGGGGCGUCUGUGUCUUCCUCGACAGGAAGUGCUGCGGAGCAUGCAUCUGCAGACUUCCCCUCCGGCGGCGGGUUCAGCAAUAUCUUCGCACGACCGGCGUACCAGGCUUCCGCCGUGGAGGCAUACCUAGCUGCCAACCCGCCGCCGUUCCCAUCUUACGCCAGCAUCAACAACGACUCCUUCGGCGCGGACGGCGGGGUGUACAACCGGAUCGGGCGCGCGUACCCGGACGUGUCUGCCGUGGGCGAGAACCUGGUGAUCUCGUACCGCGACGUUCUGGUCCAUCUCGGCGGCACGUCCGCGUCGGCACCCAUCUUCGCGGCGGUGCUGACACGCAUCAACGAGGAACGCCUGGCGCGCGGGAUGUCGACGGUGGGGUUCGCCAACCCAGCGCUGUACGCGAAUCCGCAGGCGUUCCACGACAUCACCGUGGGGAACAACUCGGGCUGUGGCACGGCAGGCUUCUCGGCGGCGCAGGGGUGGGAUCCAGUGACGGGAUUGGGGACACCAGACUAUCCGAAGCUGCUGGAGGUGUUUCUUGGUAGUUAG